UUUAAGUAACAAUGUCUUCGGCCCGCUUUGUCUUGCUCCCGCUUUGUUCCGCCCUCCUCCUCCGGGCUGCCCUCGGCGCCGACCCGCUCUUCCACUUUUGCUCCACCACCGAGAACUUCACCACAAACAGCCUGUACCAAUCCAACCUCGACAAGCUCACCAGCUUCCUCUACACCAAGACCCCUUCCUCAGGCUUCAGCCUCGGCUCCGUCGGCCAGUACCAAGACCAGGUCUAUGGCCUCGCGCUGUGCCGAGGCGAUGCAUCGCCCUCGGUAUGCAAGGCCUGCGUGGCCGAUGCUGGCACCGAGAUCCACCACCUCUGCCCGCGCAACAAGGGGGCGGUAAUCUGGUACGACAACUGCAUGUUCAAGUACCUCGACUCCGACUUCUUCGGCCAGAUCGACAAUGUCAACAAGUUCUACAUGUGGAACCUGAACGACGUGAGCGACCCUGUGGCGUUCAAUGGCAAGGUAAGGGGGAUGCUGAACAGGCUGACUAAGGCGGCCUACUCGGUGCCGAGGCUGUACGCGACCGGAGAGAAGGGACUGGGGGGUAAGACGAAGCUGUAUGGAUUAGUGCAGUGUACGAGGGAUCUGUCGCCGGCUGAGUGCAAGCAGUGUCUGGAGGGCGCAAUCGGCGAGCUUCCGAGCUGUUGCGACGGGAAGGAAGGUGGGCGAGUGGUUGGCGGGAGCUGCAACUUUAGAUACGAGAUUUACCCUUUUGUCAAUGUUUAAGAGUCCUUAGCUCAAGGACCUAAGUGUGGUUUGAUUAUACCCUAGCUAGGGUGUUCCUAGCCUAAUACAUGGUAAAUAAAGGGGAAAAGUCCCAAUAAAGUUCUAAAUA